GCGGGGCGCCAAGCAUCAGCAACCGAAUGAAGUCAGCCAACCGUGACAUUGUUAAUACAGGUGAAACAGAACAGGUAAGCUUAUGUCUAUUAGCGUUGUAAACACGGCCUGGCUGUAGCGAAUCCUUACUUGCAGACCGGAAGGGAUUUAUCGUGAAGUGUAGUAUUGUAAAGUGACGUGGCCACUGGAUGGUCAUCGGACUUGUAAGCCGCCCAUUGGUUAUUGUGACAAGGUUUACAGUGUCGUGAAUACCACGGACAAUCGGCAGACGAUACAUCCAUAUAUGACAGGACUCCUUGUUUUGUGUUUUACAAUGACGCCCUAGUUGUAUUCAUGACUGAAGAUCACAAUGCGACCCCGAGCGUCCAAUAAAAGGACAAACGAUGGUGACGAUGAUCAGGAUGGCACGUCAUACAAGUACUACGAUACGCCCUUUAACAGGAACAUUUGGCUGGUGCUUCAGACCUUGGCCACUAUCCUCAUGUUACUACAGAUGUCGGAGCAUACUAAGACUUACCUAUCAUAUUAUACACCUACACCAACAUCACCAUGGUAACGGCGAAAGAACUCGAGUUCCCGGCGGUAACCAUUUGUAAUCUUAGUCCCUACAACAAAUCAAUAGCCGUAGAAGAAAAUGCCUUCACGGAAUAUCUUUUGAGGACUAACACAUUAAGUUUCAUGGAGACCACAUUGAAUUAUACUGACUCCAGGACAGCGGGAUAUAAAAAUGGAUUCAGUCACAACUUUGUGGGACGAACUAACAACGAAUUGAAAAAUUUCUUUGUAACCUGUGUUCAAAAAUGGCAACUUAUUUACUGUGAUGAUUUCUUCACACCGCGCAUGACGGAACUUGGGGUGUGUUUUACUUUCAAUGGUCCAGACCGGAAGUCCGUGAUGACUAGCAGUACCGGAAAUACGUCAUCUCUCACAAUGUAUAUCAAAGUUGAACGUGAUCAUUUUCUGUUUGAUACUGAGAAUGAUAUUAAGGUCGUACUUCAUGACAAAUUUGAAGAACCUGACAUCAGACAGAAGGGGUUCUUGGCAGUGCCUGGUUAUUCUACAUUUGCUGCGGUGUCUAGUACAAAGAAUAGGUACCUUGGCCGUCCAUACCGGAGUCUACCAAGGGAGGAAAGCUAUUGUAUCGAUACCAGUAUGCCCUCGUUCACCAGCCCACUAGGGUUCUACCGUCGAUAUAGCUAUACUGCUUGUAUGAUUGAGUGUCGACAGAAUUAUACAGCACGCAAAUGUAAAUGUCGAAGUCACACAGAUCCAGGUAAUGGUACUAUAUGUACACCGAUGCAGUUUGUUUCCUGCUAUAAACCAAAAACACAUUAUUUUGAAAUGAGACUCCAACACACGUGCAAUUGUCCUUUUCGUUGUGAGAGUAUGACCUACACGGCCAAUGUCUCUAUCAUGGAGUUCCCGUCCAACCACAGUACUGACAUGCUUCAUAACAAAGGAUUCUCUAACCUCAGGGAGUAUGCCGAGAUCCGGAUCUACUUCAAUGAUCUAAACUAUACGAUAGCGGAACAAGUACCAGAGAUGCUAGCUAAAGAUUAUCUUUACGGACUCGGAUGGAUACUGGCAGUGUAUAUUACCGUGACCGUAAUCACUUUGCUCAAGGUUCUCUCAUUUAUCAUCGACUUCAUUCUCAGUAUUGCAUUUACAAUCUUCGAAGUCCUCUACGUGAUCAUCGACAGCUGCCUGGAAUGAUGAUUUGUUUAAGUGAUUUAUACUUUCUCAAACAAUGGCAUUAAUACCUUGAUAAUACUGCUGAAGACUCUCUCCCUCAUCGCGGACAUAUUUCUCAUUCCACCAUUUAUGGGGGUUUUCAUACAAACGUCGAUAACAGCUAACUCUGAUAGGAUGGUUGAUGCCUAUUCCAUAUGUUCAGUUGUCAAAUGACCAUAAAUGUAUUUGCCUAUUCUUUUUUUUCAUCCUAGCAUUAUACGUUAAACGUGAUAAGCAACUUUUCUGAAGUACCUUGAAGUAAUCGCUUAAGUUGAUAAAAAGAAUUACAAAGGGACUGUAAAUAUUUUCCGAAGAAUUCGAACAAAAAGGCAAUGUGUAGUGUUUUGAACAUUGGGCACACCUCGGCGGAUUCUGCUACCCUACAUAGGGUAGCGAAAUCUGCCGAGGUAUGACGAAUGGUGUUUUGAAGUGAAAUUGCAUUUGUCUGAGUUUGUCCAUGUCUGCAACUAUAUGAUAAAAAUGAUGACAGUAUUAAUUAUGUAAAUGUAUGGUAAACUUUAGCGGUUUGUUAGUUAUAAUUGUUCCAUCUGUGUACUUGUUUAAAAAUUAUGAGUAUUAGUUUAAGCUGUCAUAUUCAAUAAUUUGAUUUUUUUUCUUCAACUUGUGUAGGUGUAUUGAUUUGUGAAGAUUGUAUUGUAUUUUUGUAAUCGUCUCGAAAGAUAUCUUACUCGUUUUUAUCGAUAUCUGUCUCGUAAAUCUCGUCAUUUAUCGUUCAUUGAACAAUUUUCUAAAUGUUCAUUGGAUAUAACUUCAAACAUCAAAGGUGAAAUACAAACUUGUUUUUGUCAGUACAAUUGAAACACAGUGUAAGAAGUAAAUAUAGAGACGCACAGAGUAUGAUAUUUUGAUUAUGAAGGGUGAAAAUAUUUUUUUAUUUAUAACGCGCUUUUUGACCUCUAGGCAUCAAACACUAAGGAUUCCCGUAUAGUCAUAGAGAUAAACCAUGGCUUUUCGCACCCUUUCAGGGGAGCGAUUCCAGAUCGUCUUAAUGAAAAAAAUGAGUGCACUAACCACUGAACUACUUUUCCAUUGAACUGGUGAUGCUAGUUCAAUUUUAUAAUCUACGUUGGGAAUGUAUCUAUGUAAAGCGCUGCCUGCUGAUUUUAAAUAAUUUUAUCAGAGUUUUCUUUAUUCAAACAUUUAAAAAGUGUUUUUUUUUAUCCCAGAAGUCUUUAUAUAGCAAAUACAUGUCAUGUAUAACCACAUGUGAAAAUAUUGUCCUUCUGUUUUUGAAAUUUUGAAAAUAAGUUAUAUCUACAAAACCAAAAUAUCCAGUGUUAUAUUAAUUACAUUCAAUAGAUUACAGUAAGUUGUGAUUAAUCUUUUAGUAACGUCAAAUAUGCGUAGGGUACACAGAGUUUAAAAUGUUCAAAACAGUCAAGUCCAUUUUUAUUGUCCAUGUUUGUUUAUUUUGUAUCUAUUUGUUGUUCUAAUUUUGUUUUGUAAAUAACAUCUAGUCAUUAAAAUGCUAUUACGCCGAUUUAUAG